AUGGUAGCUUGGACGCGUUUCAAGUUGCUUCUGGCCAUGGUCACCACUCUGGUGACCAUGGCUGCUGCUGCGGCUGAAUGCCACAACAUCGAGUCGGUUUUUCUUCAGGACCCCCACACCGGGGAGCAGUACCAGUUCGGUGAAAUCAAUGUUUUGCCUCGGGCAUUGUUUGGUCGCGCUGUACACGCUGCUGAAUUGAUCACUGUCACGGUUACCCAUACUACCUGCGGUUCUGAUGAAGCGACCACAACUGUCACCACGGAUGUUCAUUGCACCACUGAUCAUUCUACCACACCCCUCACCACUGAAUCUACCACUCCGAUCCCGGUUCAGGUCACUACCCCUGCGCCUACUACCUCCUUAACCCCGGUGCCUGCUGCCACUCAGACUUCUGUGCCAAGCGUCCCCCAGGUGUCUACUCAGUCAUCUGCUCCGGUCUCCACACAGACUUCUGUUCCCAGCACUCCUGGGGUGACCACCCUAUCAACUGUGCCUGCCGGCCCUCACAGUUCCGUUCCUGGAACUACCGAGGUGACUACCCACUCGUCUGUGCCUGUUGUCCCUCACAGUUCUGCCCCCAGCACAACCAAGACUCCUGCGCCUGGCACCACUUUGGUGACCUCCCAGUCUUCUGCACCCGGAACUGCCGAGACCCCAGUGCCUAGUGCUACUGAGAUACCCACUGGAAGCAGCUCUGUAACCAACACUAGAUCCUCCACGGUUACUGCCACUGAGUCAGUGUCUUCAUCUCGUCCUAGUGUUACCAGUGUGGCUCCUGUUCCUGCCACCACUGCUGAGGACCACACCACUUCCACAGUUUCCGGUACUGUCACUGAGGUGACAACAAGUCCCAAUGCUACCAGUGUGGCUCCUGUUCCUGUCACCACUGCUGUGGACCACAUCACCUCUACUAUUCCUGGCACUGUUACCGAGGUGACCACCGAGAUAAUCUCUUCGCCUUGCCCUUCCCCCUCUGAAGUCUCUUCUGCUUCUGGGGUAACUACUGGGUCAAUCACAUCAUCUCGUCCUACCAAUGUGGUUCCUGUCCCCGGUACUACUGGAAUUGCUUACACAAACUCAACUGUCACCCAGACUCCUAGCCCUGUGACUAAUUUGAGCACUGGUUACACUGCAUCUGCAUCUUCUCGAUCCAACUCAACUGAGCUGGCUCCUAUUCCGGUGACUACUGAAAUCACUAUCACCGUUGAGAUUUCUUGCACCGAGAUGACCAAGUGUGUCAGCACCAAGGUUCUUACCGCCAGCACCCUGCCAGUCUCGCAGACAACUGUCCCGGUCGUCGCUCCACAUGCCACCACGACGACCGAGAUUCAGACGACUGCCCUCCCCCCUGUUCCCAUUGCCACUGAGCUGGUCACUGCCACGAUUGAGAUCCCUUGCACUGAGACCACCAAAUGCAUCAGUACCAAGGUGCACACCACCAUCCCUACGGAGACUGCCACCGUCUCUGUGACUCCAAUCCCGGUCACAGUUCCUGCUCCACAGACCACCACUGAAGUCGUGACCACUGUCAUCCAGCCAACUGCUCCUGGCGCUAUUCCACAGGAGACCACCAAGGUUGUGACUACUGUGAUUCAGCCUACUGUUCCUGCUCCAGUUCCGCAGGCUCCCACCCACGAGGUGACUACCGAGAUCAAGCCGACUGAGUUAGUCCCACUUCCACACACCACCACUGUUGAGGCUACUACUCUGGUCAAGCUUCCUGUUCCUCCUGUUCAGCAGAGUACCACAACAGAGUCCAAGGUUUCUGUUGUGCCUCCCCAACAGCCUACCCACACUCAGAAGGAUACUGCCCCGCCGUCUCCUCAGGGUACUUCUUCCAGUGGCACUCACGCCCCUUCUCCUGUUUUCAACAGUGCUGAGGCCGCUGGAAUCAUGGACAGCCGUCUCGUUACCAUGAGCAUUUUGACUAUGCUCGCUCACUUGUUUAUGUGA